AUGUCCCUCGAAUCAUUCUGCAGUAUACUGCGCAUCGAUACACCAACAUACUCACUGCCCUCUGCUCAUGCCAUGGCUGACGGUGUGACCAUCGACUACGAAACAUUCCGCCAUGUCGGACAGAUUGACUAUGGACAAGAGACCACGGCAGAGAAGGCAAGCCGACUGCUGAAGGAGGAGAGCCAGCUCGACACAAUGCUGCAGAUGCCCAUGUACAAGAAUCUUCCGAUUACUGGCUUUAGGUAUGAUUGGAAACAGUUUUACGACACCGAUGGUCUGUUCACCCUCGAAUCCAAGCGUUCGCGCCGUAUGAAGAAAGCUUUCAACGAUCAUGUCCAAGACCUCGAUGCGGAGAACAUGGACAGAUUCUGCGCUGAGCUCUCCAAUAAGGCGACCGCUCGGCUCGACGAUCUUUCAGAUACGGCUGCGGCAGACUUCUGGGGAUAUGUUGCCAAGGAGAUUGGAAUUCACAAUCCUGCAGAUACUGCGGAAAAUCUAGUGGUAUGGGACUGGGCAAUGAAGCUAGUGGCUGCGCGCACCAUUUGUAGCCAAGAGGACAAAAACGAGAAGGUCGACGAGCUCCUGGGUUCUGACACUGGCGGUGAUACGACGAUGGCUGACCAGCCAAACAAGAAGUCGCAGCUGAAACUUCUCAGCCUCGCAGCUCAAGCUGUGGACAAAUUCCUCUCCGUAGGAAUCUCUAAGUACGGUGGCAGGCCCGAGAAAUUGAAAGCCAUCAUGCGACACCAUGUGAUCAUCGGCUCAGACAAGAAUUGCCCCGAAAAGACAUCUAGAAAGGGGUCAGCUGCGGCAGAGAAUGCCGCGUUGAACAAGUUGUAUCUACCGGUUAAUGUGGCACCCAGAAUCGAGAAUGGAUUUCGAAUCCGCAAGGCACGAUUCGGUUCCCAAGUCUCCGUCGGAAAUCCUGCAUGGUGGGGCUGUAUCAACCGGUUCACGAGCUCGAACGGGACUUCAGGGCCUCAGCAGUCACUGGCAGCGCCUGAGGUUCACUCCGAGAGCACUAGCCACUCGCACAAGAUUGAUGAUCUCAUCAUUGGAAUACACAGCACCAAUAUUCAGAGCACUCCGGCGGCUCCUCAGAUCUUGGUCAACCUUGCGUUGAGAACGAACAACCCACUGAAGCGACCACGCAACGAUCCCGAGGGGGCAGAAGAUGGCGGGAGCGGUAAUCAAAAACCGGUCAAGGUUCUGAAGACCUCCCUGGGCCAUACGAGUGCUUCGGACUCGUCAUCACAAAAGCAUGAUCCUCAGGCCUAG